UGUCUUUAUUUCUUGUAUUUUAUUCUGUUCAACUGAGUGUGAUUUGGUGAGGUUGUAAUCUGAAUCUCAUUUCCGCACUGAUAAACGGGCCAAGGCACAACAGUUAGAAACCGAACGGAGCUGCUGGCUGGUCAGAGCCAGAGGGGAUGGUUAGCCUCUUCGCGCUGGGCCGCUGCUGCCCAGUUAGCCUUAGCUGUUAGUCUCAAUUCUUUGUAAAACGACCUUCGAGGGAUGGACAUUGAAGACAAAAACAAUAUCCUCAUGAAAACAAAUGAUGCAGUAAUAACACUGCAGGGAGUUUUGGAAGGGAAGCAUGACACAGAGAUUGACGACACACUGAAUCAACACCAUAUACCAAGGGAAGGAUGGUGGUCAGCUUUCUUCAGAGUAGUAGAAGGUAUGGCUGCGAUGGGCAGGCUGGCUCACAACAGACCUCACCCGUUAGAAGAUGAUUUCGAAGACAAAGCCAUAGAUUGGAGUUGAAUACAGAGCAAAAAAUGUUUCAUAUUUGUAUGGGCCAAGGAUUUUUAGAUGUCCAAAUUGCAACAAGCAGAAAAGAGUUAUCAUCUCUGCUUGUAGCUACAAUUCCUAAAUUGUUAUAACAUCCUUAAAUCUAUAUCUUCGAAAGAAAAAAAAUUCACUUCUUUUUGCAA